GAGGCAUCCUAAUUUAAUUCCCUUUUAUUUCCACAUUAAAAUUAUCAUAAAUGAUUUAGAUAUCAUGUGACAUUGUGGCUUAAAACGGAGCCCAUUUGGCAUUAAAUAAUAGCAAAGAACACGAAGAAAUGCAUACCUUCAAGUUUCCACAUCACUCGUUGAUUGCCAACUCUGUUUUUGCCUCCUCCUUCUCUUCUUCCCAAUAAUUCAAUAUUCACCAUUUUUUCUCCUUCUCUUUGUCCUCUUUCUAAUCACCAAAAUGACCCGUUUCUUCUGCCUUGAUUGAUCAAGCUACCCACUCACUGUUUCUUCUCUUCUUGUUGUGUUGUUGGGUGGUGGGUUUGAGCUGAUUGGUCGAUUUUUCAUGGGCAUUAACUUUGUACCUUCUUUCCACCUUCCUUCCUUCCUGGUUCUUCAUCAUCAAUGGCGGAUUAUUCCCUCUUCUCCUCGUUUUUGAGUCUCCAUAGAUUGCCUAUUACUCGAUUUGAUCUUUUGCUUAUCUUACUUCAUUCCCUUUUAUAGCUUUUGCCUCUUUCACCGGGUUUUCCGGUUUCUCUCUGUCUACCGUUCAGUUCCCGAGAUUUUUUUAGAGUUAACGAAGCGAACCUCGAGAGGUGAAGAGUUAUCAUGGCAUCUGUGUUUCUGUAUCAUGUGGUUGGGGAUCUGACAGUAGGAAAGCCAGAGAUGACGGAGUUUUAUGAGACGGAGACGAUUGAAACAGCGAUUAGGGUGAUCGGAGAGUCGACGGAGUGUGGGAUACCAAUUUGGAAGAGGAAAACUCAUGUGGGAAUUAUUGAGAAUGCUGAAAUGAAACAGCAGAGAUUUGUGGGAAUUCUCUCUUCUUUGGAUAUUGUUGCAUUUUUGGCUCGAGCCGAGAAUCUAGAGGAUCAAGAAAGGGCAAUGAAGGCCCCGGUUUCGGAGGCUGUUGUUGCCAAUUAUUCAUUGUUGAGGCAGGUGGAUCCUGCAACAAGACUCAUGAAGGAAAAAAUAAUAUACCUUCUUGCGAUAUGUGUAGCAGGCUUUGGUUUGCUUGUCUUCAUGCUAUUUUAUUGCAGGAGAUUGAAAGACGUAUUGAUUGACGCAUUGGAAAUGAUGAAGCAAGGCGUGAGGCGUCUUCUAAUCCGAAAAAGUGUGGUAUGGAAAGGAAUGAGCAAACGGUUUUCUAUUCUCUAUAAUGGUAAGUGGUUGAAGAACAUUGAUAACCCUGGCAAUAGCAGCAAUAACCUCAAUUUAAGUCCUAACCGCCCAUCAUCGUCUUCCACAUCCACCGGUCACGAUAAGUUUUGUUGUCUCUCAAGAGAAGACGUCAUCCGUUUCCUUAUUGGUUGCCUCGGUGCCCUUGCACCUCUCCCUCUUUCCUCCAUCUCUACUCUAGGAGCCAUCAACCCAAACUACUGCUCAAUUGAUGCCUCAACCCCUGCGAUCGAUAUUUCUCAUAAGCUUCCUGAUGAUCCUGUUGCAGUUGCUGUUGUAGAAAACAUACAUGACAAUCAAUACAGGAUAAUUGGAGAGAUUUCAGCCUCCAAACUCUGGAAAUGCAAUUACUUGGCUGCUGCUUGGGCUUUAGCCAAUCUUUCUGCUGGGCAGUUUGUGAUGGGAGUAGAAGACAACAUGACCUCACGAAUGGUCCCCGAUCUAUCCGCUAAUGGUAACGUUGGUGAGAACGACUCGGCAAAUGGUGGUGGAGCAACUCGGGCAAGGAAAUUCAGCAGUAGAAGUAUUGGAUUCAACCCGUUGAGCCCAGCAUUCAGGAUCAGUCGGAGCAUGUACCGGGGAAGAAGUGCUCCCUUGACAUGUAAAGUAACAAGUUCAUUGGCUGCCGUUAUGGCUCAGAUGCUUUCCCAUAGGGCAAGCCAUGUUUGGGUUACUGAGGAUGAAAAUGAUGAUAUUUUGGUUGGAGUUGUGGGCUAUGCCGAUAUUUUAGCUGCUGUUACUAAGCAGCCUACGUCGUUUAUACCGGCUAAUCGAUCCUUUGAGGCGCUUGGAAAUUCUAUUCAAAGCUAAUAUUUUUCUCUCAUCAGAUUCUACUGCUCUUUGUACUUACUAUACUUAUAUAUAGAUGUGUAUACUGCUCUAAAUUUUUUUGACAAUUAUUGUUAAUGGAA